AGACUGUCGCCAUGAAGGGGAGUGGUGCCCUCCUGCUGGUGGCUCUCACCCUGCUCUGCAUCUGUGGGCUGGCCACAGGGGAAGACGACAAUGAGUUUUUCAUGGACUUUCUGCAAACACUGCUGGUGGGAACCCCAGAGGAGCUCUAUGAGGGGCCCCUGGGCAAGCACAACAUCAACGAGGACGCCAAGGCAGCACUGACAGAGCUCAAGUCCUGCAUCGACAACCUGCAGCCCAUGCAUAAGGCAGAGCUGAUCAAGCUGCUGGUGCAAGUGCUGAGCAGUCAGGAUGAUGCCUAAAUGGAUUUCGGAUGUGGCUCCCAACGACUGCCCACACAAGCAGCCAUGGACACGGUGCCC